UCAUGCCCUGUCUGUGAAACCUCUCUAAACUCCACUCGGUAAACAAGGAGGCAACUUUGCUGAGCCCUUUGGAGGGAGCACAGGAGCAGCAGGGGGAGCAUCCCCCGCCCUGACCACCAGGGAGUCUCCUCCUCUCCCUUUUAGAUGGAGCGGGACAAGCUGGAUGCAAGCACGAUGUUUUGACCAGCGACAUGACUUUUAUCUAUAGAGAGUGAGACCUUUCCCCUUCGGAAUGCGCAGGGAACUGGGCUGCGAGUGAAGUCGGAGCAUUUGAGAAACUUAAGAACCUUAUGCAACCCUUUCCAUGCUGUGGAAUAACUACCAGAGAUUAAAUUGUCAGAGGCGUCCUUCUGUCAUCACUGCUAUGGUGAUGAAGAACAGUGUGACUGAAUUCAUUCUGUUUGGGCUGACACAAGAUGCUGAAACGCAGAAGGUGAUAUUUGGGAUCUUCCUGAUCCUUUACCUCAUGACACUGUUGGGGAACUUUCUCAUCAUCGUGACCAUUAAAACAAGCCAGACCCUUGGGAGUCCCAUGUACUUUUUCCUCCUCUACUUAUCCUUUGCUGAUGCUUGUUUCUCUACAACCAUGGCCCCCAGACUGAUUGUGGAUGCCCUUUCUCAGAAGAAGACCAUUUCCUUCAGCAAGUGCAUGACGCAGGUCUUUGCAGCCCACUUGUUUGGGUGCAUGGAGAUCUUUGCACUCAUCCUCAUGGCCUGUGAUCACUAUGCGGUUGUCUGUAUGUCUCUGCAGUACACGACCAUCAUGAGCCAGCGUGUCUGUGGUGUGCUACUGACUCUGGCCUGGGUGGGAUCUUGCAUCCAUUCCUCAGCACAGAUUGUCUCGGCUUUGAGACUGCCUUUCUGUGGCCCCAAUGUGAUUGAUCACUAUUCCUGUGAUUUGCAGCCCUUGCUGAAACUUGCCUGCUCGGACACUUACGUGAUAAACUUGUUAGUUGUGUCUAACAGUGGGGCCAUCUGCAUGGUGAGUUUCCUAUUGCUGCUCGUCUCCUAUACCGUUAUCCUGUACUCGCUGAGAAGCCACAGCUCAGAAGGAAGGCGAAGAGCCCUUUCCACAUGCACCUCCCACUUCGCUGUGGUUGUCAUAUUUUUUGGCCCCUGUAUAUUUAUAUACACACGUCCUGCAACCACAUUUCCAGUAGACAAGAUGGUGGCUGCCUUUUACAUGAUUGGCACACCCUUGCUCAACCCCCUCAUCUACACAAGGAAUGCAGAAGGAAAAAGUGCCAAGAAAAGGUGUAAUGUAGUGAAAUACGACUUCUGGUGAUCCAUGCUGUGUGGGAAUUCUAUGUACACUUCCUUGAUG